ACAAGCUGCCAUGGAACUGAGGUGCGGGAUGAGGACCACCAAGUGCCAGCUGCUGGUGACCAGCCUCUGUGUCAUGCUGCUGGGGCUCUCCAUUGCCACACUGAGCACAGUCGCCCACUAUGGGCUCCGUUUCACCCUCAUCAGCAACGUCUCCCUGGACAGCAACGCCUACAAGGUCAUCCACCACUCAGCUUUCUACUUUGGGAUCUGCCUGAGCAUGACCCUGAUCCUGGCAGCCCUGCUGAGCUCUGCUGCCACGGUGCGGGAAUCGCAGUGCCUCACUGCCAUGGGAUUUUUCUGUUUUGCUCUGGCCUUUUGUGGAUUGAUCCCAGCUGCCUGCUGGAGAUACACACACAGCACGGAGGUGGAAGACAGCAUGAUGGAUGUGUAUGAUUUUGUGUAUGAGGAGGUGAGGAGGAACACCUCCAGCUUCAGGAGACAUGAACUGACUGCCAUCCAUGAAGCAUUCCUUUGCUGUGGGAAGCACUCUCCUUUUGGGGACACAACCGAUGUUGAGAACACGACAUGCCCACCCAACCAAGUGCACAAUGAAGGACAGGACUGCCUGCGAGAGAUCCAGGACUUUCUGAAGAAGCACAUGGACUUUGUCUUCUCACUCCUGGGCAUCGCCAUUGGCUUCACGGUUUAUGGGAUGUUCCUAACUUCAUUCCUCUGGUUCUCCAUCCACUUCAGCAGCAACCUGUACUGGAAAGGCAAAUACACCCUGCGGGAGAGGUAGAAACCUGAUGCCUGGGCAUCCCUACCAGGCAGAGCCAGCUCUUGGCACAGGAAGAUGUCUGAAGUCACCCACAAAUUGCCCCGGGAAGGUAUUGUGUGGGAUCAGGUGAUGGGAUAUGUGUCACACAUUUCCCUUUCCUGCACUACAACUGGGCUCAGAGAUGCAGACUCCCUCAAUGGGAGACGUACAGGCUGUGGCUCCACAAGAAGGACACAAGGAGUUCUUUACAACCAAAUGGAGAGAAAAGCCCAGCAAAAAUCACAGAAUUAAACCAAACUUCUCUCUUGCUGUCGUCUGAGCAGUUCCCUGUGACCCCCAAAGAUGCAAUGUUUCUAGGAAGAUGGCUUUGGAUCGCAGCCCAGGAUCAAUGUUGCACUAUCAGUAAAUAAAUGACAGGAAGUGUGUCACCACUGAUGCAAAAUGUGCUUUCCCAGAGUGGAACUUGCAAUGAUUAACUUUGGGCAUUUUUCUGAUCAUGCUGGAUGCUACAUAGGUAUCCAAUGACUGUCAGCUAGUUUUCCUGUUUUCACGUGUUGCCAAAUUUAUAGAACUUUUGGUAGAGAUCAGAACAAAAAGUGAGAAAGUAGUGAAUGAGUUUUGAAACAACUGACCUACAGAAGGAUGUAUAUCUGUUAUUCCUCCUUGCUAAUGCAAUUCAACUUUUUUUUUUUUUUAAUUCUUAGGAUUUAGUCAGCCUUCUAAAUCUUGAUGCCACACUGAUUCCACAGGGGCUUGUUAAGCCACACCUGUGUCUAAUUCUGGGCCCCUUAAUUUAGGAAGGAUGUUGACAUACUCAAACACAUUCAGAGAAGAUCCAGAAGGCUGGUGAGGGUUCUGGAACACAAACCCUGUGAAGACUGGCUGAGGAAGCUGGGGUUAUUUAGACUGGAAAAAAGGAGUCUUGGGGUGACCUUAUCACUCUCUACAACUGCCUGAAAGGAGGGUGUAGCCAGGUGGUGGUUGGUCUCUUCUCCCAGGCAACCAGUGACAGGAUGAGAGAGCACAGUCUUAAGCUGUGCCAGGGGAAGUUUAGGCUAGGCAUUAAAGAAAAAUUCUUCACAGAAGAAGGGAUUGGGCAUUGGAAUGGGCUGCCCAAGGAGGUGGUGGAGUCACCAUCCCUGGAGGUGUUUAAAAAAAGCCUGGACGUGGCACUCAGUGGCAUAGUUUAGUUGAUAAGGUGGUGUUAGGUCAUAGGUUGAACUUGAUCUCCAAGGUCUUUUCCAACCUGGCAAACUGUGUGAUUCUGUAACUUCUGGCCCCAGCUCUGUGUUUAUCAGGCUUUGCUAACCCACUGUGCUCUUGUGGUAAAAGGACUUUGAUAUUACACAUACAAACAGGAGUUUAAAUCUAUAAGAGAACGGGACUGAUCUGCAGCCAGGUCAAACAAUACAAUGUCCAACUCCACGUCCUUUUUACAUCACAAGAGUUGUGUUGUGAAGGGCUGAAGGAGGGCUGUCUUCUCAUUCCACACCCGUGGAGCCAGCAGAGCUUCACUGUUGACUUCACUGGAAGCAGGAUGAAGUUCAAACUGCCCCAGUGUAUAUUCAAGCUACCUUCUGGCAGUCACCAACACACCUCAGUCUGGCAGGGAAUUGGGUAUGAUAUGCACUUCCCAGCUUAUGCACUUUCUAGUGGGGAAGUAUUCACUUAGACAUGUAUAUGUAUCAUCACGUAUAUUGAUCUCUGGAAAGAGACAAUCUCCCUUGUGAGCUCCAGCUGCUACUGUCAGGCUACUGCUACUGUUAUUCCUCAGGCCAGCUGGCAGCCCAUGUGAUUCAUGGUUGCUUCAAUAAAGAUGAAUUUCUUGCAAAAGGA